AUGUACGAGGGACUGAGCGGGUCUUUGCUGUUGAAGGCGGGCAGCUGCAACCCGGCGCGAAACACGGGCAGCUCGUUCGUGGGGAAGCGGAGACGACGCCAGUUCACGGGACCAGCGGUGAAUGUGAGCGGCAGAGGCUCGCGUGACAAGAAGAGCCACGGUACGGUACAGUCUGUACCCACAGCUGCAGUGGACACUGAGCGGCGAGCGGCGGCUCGAGCUCAGUUAAGAAUUGGAUCCGCGAGGCGCAAGUGGCUCGAGUACGAGCAAAGUGGUGCGUCAGUUGCGGAGCGCGUGUUUAGGCCCAGGACUUGCAGGUCGUUGCGAGCACAGCCGGAGAAGCGCGAGAACGAGUCGAGUGUCAAGCGAGCAGAGCUGCCUGGCAUUCUUGAGCAGAGCCGUAAGGCACAAAGCGAUGCGGCGGACACAGGGUUCGACGUGUGUGUGACUGCCUCGGUGGCCCCUAAGCGUGUCUGCGCGGGACGGACGCGUCCCGGCGGCUUGAGAGCAGCCAGUACAGUGUUCAUUGCGUACGAGCCUCGGAACCCUGGUAGUUCACCUACAGACGGUGGCAGUGAGCGGUUUGCUCGUUUGCGAGCAGUGCUGACGCGGAAGCAACACCGAGAGACUGGGUGGGUUCGAAGCACCACGAUGGCCACUUCGCCGUAUGGUUUGCUAGCCGCCAUGUGA